AUGGCCGACGUGCCCCGUCCCACCGGCACCAUUGCCACCAAGGGCAUUGAGCUCUUCACCCUCAACACCCCCAACGGCUACAAGGAGUCGGUGCUCCUCGAAGAGCUCAAGGACGCCUACGGCAUCGACUACACGUGGCAGCUCAUUGACAUCUCCAAGAACAUCCAGAAGGAGCCCUGGUUCACCGCCCUCAACCCCAACGGCCGCAUCCCCGUCAUUGUCGACCACGACCGCAACGACCUCGCCGUCUUUGAAGGCGCCGCCAUCCUCAACUACCUCGUCGCCCGCUUCGACAAGGACCACAAGUUCAGCUUCGACCCGGCCACCGAGCCCGACCAGGUCGCCAUUGCCGAGUCGUGGAUCGCCUGGCAGCACGGCGGCCUGGGCCCCAUGCAGGGCCAGGCCAACCAUUUCCUGCGCUACGCCCUCGACAAGCAGUCGCACUACGCCGUGCAGCGGUACGUCGGCGAGACCGAGCGGCUGUACGGCGUGCUGAACACGCGCCUGGCGGACCGUGACUUCAUUGCCGGCGCCGGCCGCGGCAAGUACAGCAUUGCAGACAUCGCGGCGAUCGGCUGGGCCUCGGGCAUGCAGUUUGCGGGCGUGGAUGUGGCCAAGUUCCCCAACGUCGUGGCGUGGGUGCAGCGGGUCCACGCGCGCCCCGCAACGGCCCGCGGCUUCACGAUCCCCAAAGUAGGCGCCUACACCGAUGCAUACCGGGAGACGCGCCUGCAGGAUCCCGAGGCCGCCAAGAAGGAGGAGGCGUCGCUGGCGUUCCUGGCCGAUGCCCAGAAGCAGUUCAACUACAAGUACACGAGCCCGUAA